CAGUGGUUUGCAUGCUCCCUACUUCUCGAGAUUCUAUUACAUUGGCAAAUCCAGAUCCCCAUAGUGCUCCAGUUAUUCAUCCUAACUAUUUUGCUACUGAGGCCAACCGUUAUAUGUUGCGUAAGGCUUGAGGAGGCGCGAGAAGUGCUGCAGGAUACCCCAGCUGGACAAGAGACGAUCGAGUCAGAAACGGUAGAAGAUGGGGCAUUGCCUGUGACCAUAACGUCUGGUGAUGAACAGCUCAACGAUCUACAGGACUCUAUAUCACCCCUCGGGCAGUGCAUCAAUGGGCAAGGUCGUCGAUAGUGAACUGCGGAUGAAGGUGGUUGAGAGGCUGAGAGUUGUGGAUGCAAGUGUUUUUCCUCUGCCUCUGGCAACUCACAUUCAGGUGUGUAUCUAUGCACUUACUGAACAGACUGCGGAUGUAAUAUUGGCGGACCGUCAGCCUUAGUCGAACAAUACUUUUGACUUCAUCUAA